GUUCAUGCGGUGUACACACGGCCACUGCAUUGGUCAAACUUAUUCAUGAUUUGCUUGCAGACUAUCAAGUCUGAAUAUUCCCUUGUUUGUAAUUUCUCAUAUCUAAAGGGGUGUUUCUGUACUGAGACUUUUUGUUACGAGAUUUUUUAAUCAUCAAAAGAAGGGGAAUUCCACAUUUUUAUAGUCCACUGACAUAUAUUAUACGUUUUCUGGUGAGGCACAGCAAGGAGGAGGAGUUUGUUAAAAAAAGAGAAAGCUCAAAGCUUUUUCCUGGGAAUCUCAGGGUGGGGUGGGUGGUCGCUUUGUUUUUCUCUCUUCAUUGUGUUUUUAUCUUUUGGGUGAAGAAUCUUUGUUUGAAGAUUACAUGGUUAGAGAAGAGAUUUGGGUUGCAGUUUUCGUGUUCAAAUGCAUAAUAAACCAAACAGAAGGAAUUCAAUUACAUAUUCAUUCCAGAGAAAGCUACUAAGUUGGAGUCUUGCUCAGAAUGAUUCUCCAGCAAACAGCUCUCGCUCUUAUCAUCUUAGUUUUCAUGGCCUCCUCAACUUCAACAGCAACAACAGAAGCCAAAUACUCAAACAACUGCACGCAAUUCUGCGGGAAAUCAGCUAAGCGAGUGCUGUACCCAUUUGGGUUCGGUGGGGGUUGCGAAAUCCCAUUGAACUGCUCUAAAAACGGCGAUGUCAGAAUCGGAGAGUUCCAAGUCCAAAACAUAACCUCAAGGAGCAUCUUCAUCAAUCUCCCGGCGGAUUGCAACCGUCCGAGCCACUCAAUCUUCAAACUCUUCAACCAAAAGAACUACGGGAUCUCUGUGCAAAAUGGCCUGCUCCUUCAGAAGUGCGGUUCCAAUUCAUCGCUUGGGGGCUGCGUCGUCACCAGCUUCGUCGAACAGCGGUUCGGUUUAAAGGGAUGUGGUAAUUCUAGCCAAAACGACACCAGAUGCUUUACCCCUAAUGAGCCUAAUGGUGAUGAUAAGUUUGAAAUUCUUAGUGACAAAGACUCGAAAGUGUUACAUAAUUCUAAUUGCUCGGUUUUGUUCUCGUCCGUUAAUUUCAACUCGACUACAUCGUCGGUCUCACUCCAGUUUGAGAAGCUGGAGUUACGGUGGUGGCUCAGUUACCAUGAUUGCGAUCCAAAUGCCAGCACUGAAAAUGUUAGUCUCCACGGCGGCCAGUCGGGGUUCCGGUGCCUUUGCAAUGAUGGGUUUCAGGGAGAUGGUUACAGGGCCGGGUCGGGUUGCCAUAGAGUUUCAGAAUGCACUCCUCCAAAGUUCCUGUCUGGUCGAUGCGGUAGAAAGAAGGAAAUUGGUAUUAUAGUUGCAGUAGUUAUAGCUGGAGCUUCUCUUGCGGUUGUUCUAUUUCUUUGCUGUUACUUUGUCCGACGUCGCUUCACCUGUUUAAAAAACCGGAUGAGUGCAAAGCGCCUUUUGUGUGAUGCUGCAGGAAGUUCUAGCGUUCCUUUAUACCCUUACAAAGAAAUAGAAAAAGCCACCAAUAGCUUCUGUGAGAAGCAAAGGCUUGGAACUGGGGCCUUUGGUACAGUUUAUGCUGGGAAACUCCAUAAUGAUAAUUUGGUUGCCAUAAAAAAGAUCAAAUAUAGGGACAAUAACAGCAUUGACCAAGUAAUGAAUGAGAUCAAGCUCCUUUCAUCUGUAAGCCACCCAAACCUAGUGCGUCUCUUAGGCUGCUGCAUAGAAGAAGGCGAACAGAUCCUUGUAUAUGAAUAUAUGCCUAAUGGAACUCUGUCUCAGCAUCUACAGAGAAAGAGGAGUAAAGGACUUCCAUGGACCAUACGGCUCAACAUUGCAGCUGAAACUGCCAAUGCUAUAGCAUAUCUGCACUCCGCUGUGCAUCCCCCAAUUUAUCACAGGGAUAUCAAAUCUAGCAAUAUACUAUUGGAUUUCAGCUUCAGGUCAAAAGUAGCAGAUUUUGGUCUUUCUAGAAUCGGUAUGACAGAAUCAUCACACAUAUCAACAGCCCCACAAGGAACUCCAGGGUAUGUUGAUCCUCAGUACCAUCAGAAUUUCCAUCUUUCUGAUAAAAGUGAUGUUUACAGUUUUGGGGUAGUUUUAGUAGAGAUAAUAACUGCAUUGAAAGUGGUCGACUUCAAUCGACCUCCGAGUGAAGUGAAUUUGGCUGCAUUGGCUAUCGAUAGGAUUGGAAAGGGUUGUGUGGACGAGAUAAUAGAUCCUUUCCUCGAUCCACAUAGGGAUGCUUGGACGCUUUAUUCAGUAAACAAGGUGGCUGAGCUUGCCUUCAGAUGUCUCGCUUUUCAUAGUGACACAAGGCCUACUAUGAUGGAAGUGGCAGACGAACUACAGCACAUCAGGCAGAGUGGGUGGGCAACAAUGGAGGAAAACAUAUGCUUUGCAUCAUCAGUGGUGUCCUCUUGUUCAUUGGCAUCUAAUGGAAGUGAUCGUUCACUGGGUGAUGGUACAGCGACUAAGAAUGAUGUUGUAGGGAAAAGUCAGAAAUUGGUCGUUCCACAAAGGUUAGGUAAUCUGGAAUCAAUGGAUGACAACGACAGCUCCCCUGUUUCUGUGCAUGAUCCAUGGUUAAGCGAACAGAGUUCACCUUCAGCAAACAGCUUGUUGGGUAACAUUGUUCGCUGACCUAUGGCUUUGAUCUUUUGGUUCUCAGCGUUCAACAUGUUGUAGUGUGAAUAGUUUUAUAACAUACAUAUACCUUCAGUGCUUAUUAUUGGGCAUCACUUUGUAUGCUUUAAAUGUUAAAAUAUAUCGUCGUUUUUCCAUAUUCCUUCUCAAUGCUUCGCAAGCAAACGAGGCAUAGGCCAUCAACGAAUAGUUUACUUGUAUAUUUAAGUGAGAGAAUAUUAUUACCAAGCUAUAAGUAUAAAUUUAAAUUUAUUUGUCC